GUUUCAAGAGUUGACACCGGCAUUAUUACUUUUAUCCUUCACAUAGUCGUCCAUCUGGACGGACCAUUUCAAGAUGGUCGACAACGACAAUGAUAUCGUGAUGGACGGCCAAGAUACUCAUCCUGCCACAAUUGACGUGCCGGCAACAAGUAAUGGCAUCACCAAAACAGAACCGAAUGGUCAUGAUCAGUCCGCGCCAGCCAACGACGAGAAGGAGGAAAAACUGGACGAUGAGAAAGAUCCCUUCAUCUAUCCGGCUCGCCUAAAGCGAAGAGGUCUCCUUCCGACAGGAUGCUGUUACGACGAUCGUAUGAAACUUCACGCAAAUGCCGACUUUGGCCCAAACCCCCACCAUCCCGAAGACCCGUCUCGUAUCGAGCAUAUCAUGAGGAUAUUCAAGAGGGAAGGCCUAGUGUUCACUGGCGACGAUGAGGAUCUCAAGAAGGUCAUCCGCACCGACCCUAGGAGGUACAUGUGGCGAAUCCCAGCCCGACACGCAACCAAGGAGGAGAUCUGCAUCGUCCACCACCCUGAGCAUUUCCGAUGGGUGGAAGAUCUGUCACGAAAACCGACAUCGGAGCUCCGGCGCCUCUCGACCAUUAUGGAUCAAGGGAGAGACUCCCUUUACGUCGGUAGUAUGACAUUCGAGGCAGCACUGAUCUCAGCUGGAGGUGCUAUUGAGACCUGCAAGAGCGUUGUUGUCGGUAAUGUCAAGAAUGCUUUCGCUGUUAUCCGUCCGCCUGGCCAUCAUGCCGAGUUCGACGCCCCGAUGGGCUUCUGUCUCUUCAACAACGUCCCAAUAGCAGCCAAGAUCUGCCAGACCGAAUACCCCGAGAUUUGCCGCAAGGUACUUAUUUUGGACUGGGACGUUCACCAUGGCAAUGGCAUCCAGAACAUGUUCUACGACGACCCGAAUAUCCUGUAUAUCUCGCUACACGUCUACAUGAACGGCUCGUUCUACCCUGGAAAACCGGAUAACCCGAUGACGCCAGAUGGCAGUAUUGAGAAUUGUGGAGCAGGGCCAGGCUUGGGAAAGAACGUCAACAUUGGCUGGCAUGACCAAGGAAUGGGUGACGGCGAGUACAUGGCGGCUUUCCAAAAGAUUGUCAUGCCGAUUGCCCACGAGUUUGAUCCCGACCUUGUCAUCAUCUCCGCCGGGUUCGACGCUGCGGACGGCGACGAGCUGGGUGCUUGCUUUGUAUCGCCAGCUUGCUACGCUCACAUGACACAUAUGCUCAUGUCCUUGGCCAACGGAAAGGUGGCGGUCUGUCUAGAAGGCGGCUACAACCUUGCGGCCAUCUCCAAGUCAGCCUUGGCCGUAGCCCGUACGCUCAUGGGUGAACCGCCCCCGAAGAUGGAUCUCCCCAAAAUCAACAAGGAGGCUGCUCGGGUUCUGGCUAAGGUGCAGGCGUACCAAGCGCCGUACUGGGAAUGCAUGCGACCAGGCAUUGUAGAUGUCCAGGAGAUGCAGAGUCAAGGUGGCCAGAGGUUACAUGAUGUUGUCCGCUCAGCUCAGCGCUUCAACCUUUCGGAGAAGUUUGGCAUGUUCCCGCUGUAUAUCCAGCGUGAUGUGCUAUUCAAGUCCUUUGAGAAUCAGGUGCUGGUUACGCGGAACGCAAGUGAAGCCCGCAAGCUUCUUGUAGUCAUCCAUGACCCACCAGAACUGCAUGCCCAGCCAGAUCCCCUUGACAACAGUCUCCAGCCACACGACUCCUGGAUUACGGACAGCAUCCCGCAGUACAUCCAGUGGGCCAUCAACAGGAAGAUUGGUGUUAUCGAUAUCAACAUUCCUCAAUACAUUACACAUCCAGAGGACACGGAGUCAUUGGCCCCCAAGGUCGACGAGCGAACGCAACAAGCACAGAUCCAGGAGCUCAUGUGCUACAUCUGGGAUAACUACCUCCAACUCUACGACAAUGUGGACGACAUCUUCCUCAUGGGCGUCGGCAACGCUUACCUCGGGGUCAAGCUCCUACUCAUUAACAGAGACGUGAAGUCGCGAAUCUCGGGAGUCGUCAAUUUUGUUAACGGCAAUCUCCGUCCUGUGAAAUCGGACGUCGACACGGAUCUUUCAUCGUGGUACAAGGAUAACUCUCGGGUCUAUGUGUCGGCGGACCAUGCAUGCUGGGCGGAUGCCGACUUGAGCCGGAAGGUUAUGAAGCGCCGGUUCGGUUCGGUCAUUCGCAGCAACGUGAGCGGGUUGGGUCGCAUGAUGAAUGAGCACUUUAAGGACGUUCAGGAUUGGAUGGUUGAUAGGAUGGUACCGGAGGAGGAGAAACUGGGCGAUGAGAUGGUGGAGGACGCGUGAGAUAUGAACAAGACGGGCCUUGGUCCCUUGGACGCUGCGGUUGGUGAUGGCGAGUUUAAGAUAAGCUGUCGUGGUGGUAGCUUGGACUACAAUACUGGAAAUAUGUUGACCUACCUAGAGCCUUGCUGUGAGGAUCCUUCGGUGCCAUGGUCGAUUAUCUGGUGUUCCAGGGUGGGUGGAUCUCGGUGUUGAUAAUGGCUUGCUCUUCGUUCCAUGACACAAGAGUUUGGUUAGGCAAGACAGGACCCUCCGCUCAAACGAAUUUGAGCCUUAUCACCUUGGACAUAGAUCGUAUUAGAGUGCGUAGCAACGUAGUAUCAUUUCAUCCACAAGCGCUUUUUGUCCUCC